GGGCAGCGUUACACAAGCCUCAGAGCUCUCGCUCCACCAGCUCCUCCUCCGCUCGCAGUCCAGGGCGCUCCAGCAGGAAGGAGAAGGAGGGGGCGGUGUCUCCCGUGGGGCGAAUGUGAGGGCGCGAGCCCUGUCUACCUCUCGGUCUAGCCGUCUGCUGCACUGUGAGGCCGCUCCCUGCGGGCGAGGGGAGCCGGUCCCGGCGGCAAGGGUGUCCUCCCGGGCCACUCUCGCUACACGUCCCCUCGCCGCUCAGGAAUGCACGUCUGGUCUUGCGAGGCUUCCUGAGCGGGAGGAGGAGCAGCGCGCAAGAUCCGCGCGGCCCCGCGCGGCGUCGGGUUCUGCCGCGGGACGGGGUCGCGGGGAGCAGGGAGGGGAGGGAAGGGGGACACCCGAGAUGGCCACUGGAGGGAUCACCACUCUGCCCCCGGCACCUGAGGACGGGGGCAGCGGGUCCUUCCUGCCCGGGACCUUCAAGGAGCCGAAGAGGCUGUACUGCAAAAACGGAGGCUACUUCCUGAGGAUAAAUUCGAACGGGAGUGUGGACGGGGUACGGGACAGGCACGAUCCUCACAUCAAGCUGCAGAUCCAGGCGACAGCGGUGGGCGAGGUGGUCAUCAAAGGAGUCUCCACCAACCGCUACCUGGCGAUGAGUGCCGACGGGAGGCUGUUUGGCACGAAACGCGCAACGGAUGAGUGUUACUUCAUCGAGAGGCUGGAGUCAAACAACCAUAACACAUACCGCUCCCGCAAGUACCCGGACUGGUACGUGGCGCUCAAACGGACCGGUCAGCACAAGUCUGGGUCCAAAACCGGACCUGGUCAGAAGGCCAUCCUCUUCCUACCCAUGUCAGCUGCGAGCUGAUCCCGACCUGCAAAUGAGGGCGCUGACUCGACAGAUCCAUACUGCAGAACACACACACACACACACACACACACACACACACACACACACUCACAAAAUGACAUACCUGGCUGCAGCACAACAUUCUGAUAAAGCCAGUGUGACAAUGUGGCAGUGCACUGACGUAGCUACAACGUUAAUCCAACAUUGUGAGUGUGCUAUGUGUUAAUUGAGCUGGUACUUAAGAGAUGUGAAAACACGACAUGUGCUUGGCUUACCUGUCCUAUAAAGGGAGGGGGGACUCUUGCAUUAUACACCUCUCAUUCUUUUCAGCUUUAAAACAAGACAUUAUUAGAAUGUGAAUUAUUUCAAGAAGUUUUCCAUUGUGGCAACAUACAGUAUUUACAUACACCAAAAUAGAGUCUUAUUAUUUUUCAUUCGUCAUUGAUUAGCCAAAUGUAGGUGCAAAAAUCAUAAGGCAUUUGUAUUCAUGGGGUAUUAAAAAGCAUCUACAUUACUGAUGAAUGACUGAUGGCUAUCUGAAAGAAUGUACAUGGAAGCUUAUGCCAACAGUUAACAGUACAAGAGGAACUGUGUGUAGUCAAAAGAAAAAGCUCUGUGGACCAGCUGAAUUUGGGCGAACACA